UGUCUCUGCACAUUUGAGCAUUUCUGAGUGGAUUCUGCCCGCUUGGCUGGCUGAUUCCUUUACACAGCGUGCGUGUGUGCACGUGCUGCCGUCUUCGCAGAUGUACCCCCAGCUGUCACUCCACAGCGCUCCGUCUCUCCCUCCCCCUUUCGCGCUCCCUCUCUUUCUCCCCCUAUUUAUUAUUUACAGAGGAUUACAAUCUCUUUUACAUGCUGUCGUCUAACCUUUCUUCUUCUCUGCACUUCGGGCACUGCUAGCAUCUUGGCACCCUGCAGGGAGCAGGGGGCUGAUGCCCACUAGAGUCCAUUGAGCGCUCGCCUGGCUGUUGAUAGCUUCCACUGGAUUUGCUUUGGGACUUGUCAGGGGGUUUAUCGAAGGAGCUGGAGAACGCAGAAGAGGCUCUGUUCCAGGCAGAGAACAGGAGUUAAAUAGGACACAGAGAAAAGCCUGUUGGCUGGGAGUUGAAGUCAAGGAGGGAGAGAGAAGAGACUGCAAUUGGACAGUGCCCAGGGAGUCGGGUGGAAGCAGCUGCGGGCAAAGCCCCUCCAGGAUCUGACAGGUAGGGUGCCCAGAUUGCUCCUCCAUCCUGUGAGAACGUGGGCCAGGCUGGCUGGAGGACGGGAAGCCACGCUGGAGAAAACAGUGACCAUAAUGCUGUCUGGGAGCGCUAGCCACUGGUGGAAGAACAGGUUUUCCAUGAGGUGGCGACAGACCUGCUUGCUUGCCUAUUGGCUCUCUCUGUGUGCAGCAGACUCCCUCUUCACUUGCCCUUCCUCCUGCAAGUGUAACAGUGGCAGUCUGGAAGUGGACUGUAGUGGCUUGGGCCUCUCAUCCAUCCCCUCAGACAUUCCUACGAACACCAGAAUCUUCCUCUUCCUCAACAACAAGCUAAGCACACUGCCAGGACCAGUCUUUUCCAAUCUCUCUGCCCUACAGAGGCUGGACCUUUCCAACAACUUCUUGGAUCAGCUGCCCCAGAACAUCUUCAGUGACCUAGGGAACCUCACCGAACUACAGCUGAGGAACAACAGUAUCAGGACCCUGGACAAGGACCUUCUGCAGCAGAUGUCCCUACUGCGCCAGCUAGACCUAUCCAUCAAUGGCCUUGCUCAGAUACCCUCAGGAAUCUUUGAUGACCUCCCGGCUCUCCGCUUGCUCUCCCUUAGGUCUAACCGCCUACAGAGCCUAGACAGGGUGACCUUUGAACCAUUAGUCAGCCUGCAGCAGCUCCAAGUUGGGGAUAACCCCUGGGAAUGUGACUGCAACCUGAGAGACUUCAAACACUGGAUGGAAUGGUUCUCUUAUCGAGGAGGGAAGAUUGACCAGUUGGCAUGUACGCUGCCCAAGGAGCUGCGGGGGAAGGACAUGCGAAUGGUCCCCAUGGAGAUGUUCAACUACUGUUCACAGCUGGAGGAUGAGAACGGCUCCACUGUGCUGGACAAUUCUGGCCCACCAUGCACUAAAGGAAGCCCGACUCCUUCAAAAUCCAAGUCAGGGCCAGAACCUGAAGUGGAGCCGAGCGUGGGGUGCCCCCAGAAACAGAGAUACCGGCCGGUUAGUGUGCGCCGAGCCAUUGGCACUGUGAUCAUAGCUGGGGUGGUGUGUGGCAUUGUGUGUAUCAUGAUGGUGGUGGCAGCAGCUUAUGGCUGUAUCUACGCAUCCCUCAUGGCCAAGUACCACCGAGAGCUGAAGAAGAGGCAGCCGCUAAUGGGUGACACAGAGGGCGAACAUGAAGAACAAAAGCAAAUCUCCUCUGUAGCAUGAAACUCUUCUUGGAAGGCAAGGACAGAAGUGAGCAGGGGACCUGAGAGCAGUGAGGCCUGUGUCCUCCCACAAUCCAUCUUCCCAGACAGAUGGACAGACUGUGCUAUCACUCCACUCAUCCAAUUAGUGCAACAUGCUUCUGGGUUUAGGACAUCUGGCUCUAAAUUUAAUUCCUCUGCAUCAGGCCCUUUGGCACCCCUUCACCCUCAUGCCCUACCAAGUCAAUAAACUAUAGUCAGACCUCAAGUGCUUGCCAUGCCUCAUCCUUGCACAGAGCCCCCUUGGAUAUGCACAGCAAGGGCAGCCAACACCUUCCAGGAGCCCCUGGUGUCCUGACACCCUCCUCUCAGCUUCAGUCCCCACUUCCUCCUACAUCCCACACAGAACUGCAGAGCCUUCUGCAACCACAAAGAGCAGCCAACUUCAGUGCUGAAGAAGCUCCUUGUAUAUUUACCAAGACACCAGAGCAAGUGUCUAAGUCUCACUGGUGGAGUCAUUGGUGUUACAGGACAGUGAGCUAUUCCCCAUCUCCUGUACAGCUGAGGAAACUUGGCCAAGAGAAUAUCAGGAGAGAGAGAAGGUCCUAGAUGGUCACAAUAGGGAGAGAAGGGAGAUUCCCCUUCUCACUUUGAAUGCUGGAAGGACACACAUACCCUAAGAUCUGUGCACAUAGACUCCAUCCGCUCACCCUGACAAACACCAUACACCAACAUGCACACACAUUUAUCACCCACACGUACAUACAAAUAGCUAUGUGCAUACACACAGAUCACCCACAUGCACAUACAAAUAUACCCCAAUGCACACAUGCCAAUCCCCCACAUGUGCAUACAAACAUGGCCAUAUGCACACAUUUACUCACUUGCAUACCUAUGUGUAUCGAUACAUUCCUACUCUGGAGCACCUAAAAGUGUGCUAGGCCCCUUCCACUACAGGCAACCAGUCCUGAGGGGCUUACAAAAAUAUCUCAGAGAUGGUGCAAAGACUCAGGGAGGAGUAGGAGAGAAAGGACAGAGGCAACAGCCUUAAGAUUCCAGUGUUACUCAGUGACAACUUGUGCACACCACGAAAAGGUGAAGUGUGGCUUUGUAUUUAUUUUAUGGUUUUAUAAGAUAAACAGAAUGCGUGGGUGACCAAUGGGAAGCCUCAGUCUGCAAGUGUCCUAUAGACAUCUCGGAUGAAGCAAGUCCUCAGGAGGCAUUGAAAAUAGAAACUUGUUGACCAGCUGGGGAAGUGUGUUCCAUGUAUAGGGGCAACGUGGAAAACAGCCUGGAGGUGGUUGUGGGAGAAGCAGAUAAACAGAGUGACAGCUGGCAUCACUGGCAGAGUGGAGGGGGUGUAUGGUGGGAAGGCAAUGUGCUGAGUAGAGAGGGGCAGAGUUAUUUAUGCUGGGCCUUUGAAGGUGAGAACAGAAUGCUGGAACUCGAUGCAAUAAAGAGGGAAUUAGUAGAGGGAUUCAAAGAGGUGGGUGCUAUGGUCACCACACAGCCCACUGACACAGAUGUGUUCACAAUUACAUCUCCUACCUCACACAAAUAUAAGGACACACACACACACAAAUUGACUAAUUAUGCAAACAUAUACAUGUAUGUGCUUAUUGACACACACACAGGCAUGCACAUGCACUGUAUCUGUCACCUAGGCUAACUUUUCCCAGGCCCGAUUUUAAAACCCGCUGAGCCUCAUAUUAGCCUCAUCUCUUUUGAAACUGACAAAAAAAAAAAAAAAAAAAAAAAAAAAAAAGCCAACACAAGGACUCAUUUUGUAUCAUUGGAAGUGGGAUAAAGUGCUGUCUCCAGGGGAGAGCGCACAUUGCCAUGGUAACCUGUUCUAACCCGUCACAGUGGGUAUUCCUGGGACAGGAAGAUGACACCAGAGGUCUUGCAGCCGCAAUGUUUGUGUCUGGUGCGAUCCUUGACAUCCUGAAAUGAUCUGGCAGCCGGCCCAGAUUUGCAGGGUAUUUCUCUGGUAAGCCAGGUGCAGAGUCCAGCAAUCACGGCAGCUGGGCAGAGCCAGGUCAUAUCAACUCCUUUCCUCUCCUAUUGUAUCCUGAUACCUUCAGAUAAUCUGCAGCCCUUCCCUCUAGCUGCUGCUGGAUUCCAGUGGAAACACCACACAUUCCUUCUCAACUCCUUCACUGUCAGUCCAGCUGUCAUAUCAACAAACAGGAACGCUACCACGUACUCUCAGACAGUUUGGAGUGGCAAAAAUCCUCCUACCGGUCCAGAGCCACCAGAUCCAAAGAGAUGGGAUAACCGCAGACAGGAGUAAAACUAUUUCCCAUUUGUCUAGUGAUGGCAGGGACAGAGGAGAACGUUCUGCAUGAAGGGGAAGGGAGGCUGCUGCGCAAGUGAGAAUGGGAGAGGCACGUUCUACACACCCAUUCUAUGUGCUGCAUGUGGGAGGGAGAGGGGAAAUGCCAUGAGUGGAGAAUGGAUUCUCCUCUCAACCCACCUGAUUAUGCUUCAGCUGUAGCCUGCUUGGAGGGGUAGAACUGGUGCACUACAGCCUCCUCCUCCCAGCAUGCAUGUUGCUGCUGCUCCAUAUUCCCAGCAAGCCAGGACUCAACUCCGCCUGCUGGAUCCAGACUCCCCACCCCAGGAACGUAUCACCAUAGCAUACUGGACUCCGCAAUCAUACUUGAAAUGGGACUUGAGUCAGAGCUGUAUAUUUAUAGAUCUCUAUUUUACUUGUAACAAAUAAUGAUGAAACAAUUGCACAAAGCAAAUGGGGUGUGCGUGUGUGUAUGUGUGUGUGUGUAGGGAGGGGGAUAAAGGGUAGGGGAGAGGAGAAAAAUCCCCACCUGUCCCCUUUUCCCCAACAAAGUUUCCUUUGUUGCUGAUAACAUUUUCUUUCUUCUGUUGUGGGUUUGAGUGUGGCCUCGAACCUCAUUUCCUCUUGUUUCUCGGUGGUAUGGCAAAGGGUCUGGCGAACAGCAGGCUGGGUUCACCUCGGCCCUGAUGCAGGGACUUCCAGGUUUAGAAACCCACUCGGGAAAGGAGGAGGAAGGUGAGGGACGAAAACUGAAGGUUGUUGAGAAAAGUGAAGGUGGACACUGUUUAGUCCCCAUGAAAUGCAAAUACUUGAGAGGACAACAGGCUACUGAAACCCAGGGGUGGUGAUCUCCUCCCUGCUGAAUAGUGCAACAGGGCAACCCAGGAAGGGCCCAACAUACACCACAGCUCGGGAACAGGCUUUUCAAUUGUGACCUGGCACAUCUGCAAAACUUGCUCCUCUUGUGCAGCUGGGAAUGGGCUUCUCCAUUGCCACCAGGCACAUCUGGAGAACACGGUCCUCCAGUGUAGCUAGAAAAUAGGCUCUCUCGAUGGAGGAGAACACACCUGGCCUACAGUUUGGCCCAGCCGUGCUAGUGUGCUCAGGAAAAGGCCUCCUCGGGGGGUGCAUCUGGGAAGUGGGCUCCUCCUCCGCAACCAGUCACAGCUAGGAGAUGGGCUUCUCUUUGGAAACCCCAGCAAACAUGUCCCACCUGUGCAGGCAGGCACUGCAGUGCAGAGCAGAGCAGUCAGUUCUUCAGUGCACAUGGGUGCACUCUGUAAAUGUGCUUCCCAUGGGCAAGCAGGCACACGCAGGAACACCUCUCCUAGGUGUGGUGCAGGCAGGCCCAUUGCCUGUGGGGAGCAGAUGGCUUGGGCAAUUUCUUUUCUUCUGUUAAGGUUUGAGGGAGAGUGACAUGGUUUUCUAAAAUGGUUGAACAGAGGUUUAUUUGGCAUGAGACAGAUGCUUUUUAAAGGUAUAUUAUAUUUCUGGCUUGUUGUUACAGAAGAUAAUAAAGAAUGUAUUUUCCUAUGCA